AAAACAUAAGAAUUUAUAUCAUCGGAUGAUGCCUAGUGGGAAGAGACCUCUUUCACCGGAACCAAUGGCUCGAAAAAAAGAAGAGAAAGAAGAUUUGUGUUGUUGCUCAACUUUGUCGGAGUCUGAUGUGUCUGCUUUUGUCUCUGAACUCACAGAUCAACCCACCCCACCAUCCAUGGAUUCAUCUUCUUCAUCUCUUACCCCUCAAGAACAAAGAAAUUCGAGACAACGAAACUACAGAGGGGUGAGGCAAAGACCGUGGGGAAAGUACGCAGCUGAGAUCCGUGACCCGAACAAGGCAGCUCGUGUGUGGCUUGGCACGUUCAACACCGCAGAAGAAGCAGCUUUAGCAUAUGACAAAGCUGCAUUUGAGUUUAGAGGUCACAAGGCCAAGCUUAACUUCCCGGAGCACAUUCUUAUCAACUCUACUCAUCGCUAUCCAUCGACCGCUACUUCACAUGAUCCCAUUAUCGUUACGCAAGUUCCACCAGUUGCUCCUGACAUACUUCUUGAUCAAUAUGGGAAAUUUCUACCGGAAAAUAGUGAUACCAAGGACAACUUGUACAUGCCUAUGUCGUCUUCAUUGAGUCAACAAGGGAAUAGACCAAAAUUGGAGGAUAGUGAAAACGUGAAAAACAUGAGUAUUAACAAACGAAGAAAAUAGCAUAUGCAUCAUGCCUCACGAGUAUAUUCUUCUUCCAUCCAAGUUAUCAAACGCAACAGUCCAGCUGAAAUAUUUGUCUUGCCUCCCAUUUUUUUUUUAAAUAAUAUAUGUAGAUAUAAGUUCCCAAUUCUUUUACAUUACAUUUUAAUUUUUUUUUACUAAAUGUUUAUGGCUCCCAAAAUCUUAGGCAGGUCAUGCCGUCAAUGUAACCUAGCUUUGAUCGACUUUAUGAUUUCUUGUAAUAAUGACACUGAAUAAUAGGGUUUUUAAAGAGUGAAAG